GUUGCCUCACAUACCACACACACGACAAGAUGGCCAAGCGAAAGCUCGGCGACCAAAACGGAUCGAACGAUUGGGAGAGCCCAUCUUCAUUCAACAAGUUAUUGAAGGGACUAAAGAAAUCUUCAAAGCGGCUCGGCAGAGGGACACUGGCCAAAGAGAAAUCAAAGACUGCUGUAAAAGACAAUUCGAGAAAGAGGGCAAAACUGAUCGAACAGACCUUGGACAGUGAAGCACCCAAAUUACGACCUAUUGUCGAGGAGGAGGAGGAGUUUCCAUCAAAGAUUGAUGGAUCUGUGGAGGAUCUCUCUGAAAUUGAGGAGGAAGAGGAUGUCUUGGCAGAGGAUAGCGAGGGGGAAGAGUCGACACAAGAGAGUGGGGACGAGGACGACCAAGAUGAGACUGAACAAGUUGGAUUAGAGUCUACCGACCCAUGGGAGAAACAUUUUGGGGAUCACAUUUCAGACAAUCUUGCUUUCAAAGGCGCUGCCGUGGAGACAAACGAAUGGGAGACCACGGUAGAGGAGGACCCGGAGUUGCACACUGUUGUUCAGUACAGAUUAAAAGGGGACACUUUGGAAUCCUCGUCAGCGUCCCAUACCAAAACGAGUCUCGAGGAUUGUAAAGUCAAGCAGCGCCUCCAUGAUCCAUGGAAACAGCUCAAUAGUUCGGUGACAUCAACAAAAGAUCCUAAAACUCCCUUCACCCCGCUCCAGCAAAAUCUCUUUACUUUUAUGAAUGCAUACAAAGACAUUAUGUUCACCUCACAAUCCCACCCAAAUUCCAAGCAACUGCGACACUUGUACGCGCUCCAUACGAUAAACCAUGUCUACAAAACGCGGGAUAGAGUACUGAAAAAUAAUGCCAGACUCAAGGCAGAGACUGUGGACACUGAGAUACGGGAUCAAGGAUUUACGAGACCAAAAGUAUUGAUUUUGACUCCUUUUCGGAAUACCGCUAUGGAGGUUGUGAAGAUGUUGAUUGCGCUUUCGGGUACCACGCAGCAAGACAAUAAAAAGCGCUUUUUUGAUGAGUUUGGUAUAGCGCCAGAAGAUGAUCGAAUGGACCCAAGAAAGCCAGAGGAUCAUAAACAAACGUUCGCUGGCAACAUUGAUGACUGUUUCCGUGUCGGUAUCAAAUUUGCACGAAAGCAAUUGAAGCUGUUUGCCCCGUUUUACUCGUCAGAUGUCAUCCUAGCCUCGCCUUUGGGAUUGAGGAUGGUGAUUGGUGCUGAAGGGGACAAGAAGCGGGACUUUGACUUUCUUUCUGCUAUUGAAGUGGUCAUCCUGGAUCAAACGGAUGUGUUUCUAAUGCAAAACUGGGAUCAUGUUCAACAUAUAUUUGAUCAUUUGAAUCUGAUACCAAAAGAAGCGCAUGGAUGCGACUUUUCUCGUGUCCGUGCCUAUUACUUGGAUGGACGAGCGAAAUACGUGCGUCAGACAUUAAUCUUUUCCCACAUGCUCGUUCCCGAAAUGAAUGCCCUGUUCAACAAAUCCUGCAAGAACUCGGGGGGAAAGAUAAAAACCCGAGAACAGUGUUCGGGAUCGAUAUGUGAUGUGGUGGUCCAAGUUCCACAGAUAUUCCACAGAAUUCCCUGCACAUCGCCAUCCGAGGCUGACGACACUCGUUUCAAAUAUUUCAUUGAAAAAAUCCUUCCUACCCUCCGCCAAAGCGUGGUACAACAAAAGCAUUCCAUGAUUUUUGUGCCGUCGUAUUUUGAUUUCGUGCGAUUGAGAAACUACUUGGAUGAGCAUCAUUAUGAUUUUGUCCAGCUAUGCGAGUAUACGCCAACUCCCGAUGUAUCACGGGCUCGUGGGGACUUUUUCCAUGGCAAGUCCAGUUACAUGCUUUACACAGAGCGGUUUCACUUUUUUCGGAGAUAUCAAAUCCGAGGAAUCCGUCACAUUGUGUUUUAUGGGUUACCCGAAUACGGCAGCUACUACGCCGAAAUGAUCAACAUGCUUGAUCAACAAUCAGCAGACAUUACAUGUACUGUGCUGUUUACGCGGUACGACCGGUUGAAACUGGAACGUGUGGUCGGGAGUAAACGGGUUGCACGCAUGUCUGAUGGGCAAAAAGAGGUAUUCAUGUUUACGUGAGAAAAAAUUACAGGAUUUUUAGAGGAUAGAUUCCGUAUAUAUUACGUCCGAUAAAUGUCAUAAUGCACAAAUCAUAAUGCCCAUCCCAAGUAAAUGACACAAAAAAUUACGCUUUCUUAGCCUCCCGCUCCCUCUUUUUCAAGGCAC